UUCCUCUCAGUCUUGAUACUACGAAGAAAAGAACCUGUCAAAAUGAGUGGUCGCGGAAAGACUGGAGGCAAAGCCAGAGCUAAGGCUAAGACCCGCUCAUCCCGUGCCGGGCUUCAGUUCCCCGUGGGUCGUGUCCACAGACUGCUGCGCAAAGGCAACUAUGCGGAGCGUGUGGGAGCCGGCGCUCCCGUUUACCUGGCAGCUGUGCUCGAGUACCUGACCGCUGAGAUCCUGGAGCUGGCUGGCAACGCAGCCCGCGACAACAAGAAGACUCGCAUCAUCCCACGUCACCUGCAGCUGGCUGUGCGCAACGACGAGGAGCUCAACAAGCUCCUGGGGGGAGUCACCAUCGCUCAGGGUGGUGUGCUGCCCAACAUCCAGGCUGUGCUGCUGCCCAAGAAGACCGAGAAGCCCGUCAAGGCCAAGUAAACGCAAAGCGCUCAGCUUCACCAACAACAAAGGCUCUUUUAAGAGCCACACACUUCUCUCUGAGCAAACAUCCUCCUUCU